ACCAACACCAGCGACUGAGACCGAGCAGCAGCAGCACAGCCUGAAGCAGAGAAACCACUAAAAUAUGAGCUUUAUUCAGCCUGGCUUUACCUACACACAUUCUCCAGUAUGGGUGUUCACGGCUUGACGAGUUACGUGGAAGGGAACCGUCAGUUCUUCACGGACCUGAAGCUGAAGAACUCUCACCUGGUGAUAGACGGCUGCAGUCUGUAUUUCCGUCUGUACUUCCACUCUGGAUUGGAUCAGAUUAGAGGCGGGGAUUAUGAUUUAUUCGCUGCUGUGGUGCGACGGUUCUUCGCCGCGCUCUUGGAAUGCGGCGUGCGCCCGUUCGUGGUGUUGGAUGGGGGGAUGGACCACACGGACAAAAAGUUUAAAACUCUGAAGGACCGGGCGGAGAGUAAGAUACGGGAAGCCCAUUCGCUCUCGCGCGGGUCGCACGGCAGCGUCCUGCCCUUGCUUUCACGCGAGGUCUUCAGGCAGGUCCUGUGCGAGGUUGGCGUUCCGUUGGUGCAAUGCGUUUCUGAAGCGGACUUCGAGAUCGCUUCUCUUGCCCAUCAGUGGAAAUGCCCUGUGCUGACUAGCGACAGCGACUUUUACAUCUUCGAUUUACCUGGUGGUUACCUGCCUUUCGCAUUCUUCGAGUGGGAAAAUGUUUGUGGUAAAGCCGCGGAACGCUACAUCCCCUCGCGUAGAUUCACCGUAAACCGUUUCUGCUCGAACUUCAACCACAUGAACAAGCAGCUUCUACCGUUGUUCGCGGUCCUCACUGGUAACGACUACUCCCCCGCGAAAACUACGGAGAUGUUCUUCAGCCGGGUAGAGUUCGAGAGACCACCGAAAGGUAGGGGGAGCAAUUCAAAACCUCGUAUCGAAGGCCUGCUGAACUGGUUGUCGCAGUUCGCCAGUCCUGUGGACGCUCUGGAGGAAGUUCUAGACGUCCUUGGUGCCCAACGCAAGGGCAGCAUGCGAACGCAGCUUCAGUCUGGGAUGCAAAACUACCAGCUUCCUGCCACCAGCAGCCUGGCCCAGUUCUUCUCCAGCAGUCUACCGGCACUACCUGAUGUCCAGAGCCUUCCAGUACCAUUAGUGUCUCAACCAGAGUGGCUUCUGAGGGGCGUAGCCUCUGGCAGACUGCCCCCUCUGGUUCUAGAUGUUCUGGUUCUCCGGAGAGCCUUUCUUGUAGCCCAGGUGGAGAACAGUCGUCUGCCCAGUAGCCACGAAACCUCGCAGAGCAUUCGGCAGAGCGUCUACGGCUUGCUCCUGCUCGGAAGAGCAUCGCAGGGUAACGCUGGGCAGGGACAGCGGGGUAGAGGACGAGGUGGACAAGGGGGACAAGGAGGACGAGGGGGACAAGGGGCGAGAGGGCAGAAUGGAGGUCCUCAGGGUUCCGGAACGCUGUGUGUCGUGGAGGAGUACGACCGGUUCGACCUUAACCUGAAGAAAUCUCCAGUAGAGGCGCGUCUACCCAACACCCAGCCACAGCUGAGACUGGACACUUUGGACAAGGUAUCAGCUCCGGUCAGACUGAAGGUGUUGCUGGGAACUCUGGGAGUUAUGGAGUGUGUGCUGCAGCCUUUACCUCCUCACCUUCGUCUGCCGGUGUGUGUUACGUGUUUCUGGACAAAGUCCUCCAAACCGAAGCCCAGCGCCUCCCUGCUCCAGGCCCUGCUGCUGGGGCUGGUGUACGGGGAGCUGAGCCAACGCAGGACCCUGGCUAGAGAUCCGUUGUGUUCCUGCGCUGGCACUGCCUCUGUCUGCCAGAGAAUUAACCAAUUGAGGCUGAACUCCGGGCAGAGGAGGGGCCUAGACCUGGGCGUGGCUCACUGUCUCAGCCAAUGGCAGUCGUGUAUGUGGGCGGGGAUUUAUCUCAACCAGUUGCUGUGCUUUCCACUUCCCGAACCUCACUGUGCCUGGUUGUUCAGUGGUACUCUGGUGCAUGGUCUGGAGGCGGCACUGCGAGGGGGACACCAGGCCGAGGUGCUGCUGGCAGGAUGUCCUGUAUCUCUGCAGCUCUACUUUGUCCUGUAUGGGGUGAUGAUGGGUCAUCUUCCUCAGCCUGCAGCAACACCUGCAUCUACACCAUCACCUGCAUCAGCACCAGCAGCAGGAGCAGGGAAUAACAGGGGGAGGGGGCGUGGUAACAGAGGACAGGGAGGCGGUGACGGUGGCAGGGGCGGUGGCAGGGGCAGGGGCAGGGGCAGGGGCGGUGGCAGAGGAAGAGCAGGUUUAGAUAAUCGCUUCGGGAUGCUGAGUGUUGAAGACGAUUGGGAUGAGGAUUAAAAAAAGCAGAAAACUAAAAAACACAUUUUCAAACCAUUCUCUAAUACAAUUUAACCAGUUUACCCCCUUAAAAUGUAGGUGUAGGUGAUACAAAACCCUUAUUCUCUGCAUUAAAAUACACAUAAAAUUUACAUUCUUUAAUAUUUUAUAUUACAAUUACAAUUAUGUUUUUUUAGUAAUGUGCCUUAUCUAACAUGAAAGCUUUUUGAGUAAUGCUUGAUUGGAAAUCUUUAAGAUUUAGUGGUGUAAUUCCAGGCAGACAUCUGACAAAUAUCUUGGGCUGUUAAGGAAGGGGUUAAUGAUACCCUGGUUAUUCCCACGUGGCACUAAAUAACCCAAUAUGUAUAUAUGGUAUAUAAGGUUUUAAUGAAGUAUAUUGAAUAUAAGGACUAUAUCCUAACUUAUAUAGUGCCAAAGUACCCACUAUACCUUCAGCAAUCUGUUGACAUUAGGGCUGUAUGAUAAAUUAUGUUUUUAUCAUUAUCGUGAUAUGAGUUUUCACAGUAAAACUUAGACCCUAUCCGGACAAGAUAUAAAUAUAUAUUUCGCACUUCUACUCAGUGAUAAAACUCCUGCAUCUGGACUGCAAUUGAAAAAACAGGAGGACCAGUUUUUAGUUUUUUUAGGCUUUUUUUCUCGGUCACAUGACAUCGCGUUCAGUAGCUCCUCCAUUUCCACUCGCUGUUGUGUUUUUAACUUGGAUCUCCGUGGAAAAGCCCAAGCGCCCAAAUUGCUAUUAUAUAAAUAUCUAUUUAAUUAAAUGCGAGGUGACGAAACUCAGAGAAGCGUCCGGACGGGACUAAAAUUACCGGAGGAGCACGGAGAUCAGAGAAAAACAGUAGAUAAUUCAGCCUGUAAUUUUAUCAGAGGACACCUGAGAAAAACAUGUACAUGAUCGUUCUGGACGGGAAUAAAAUCACAGAGAAAAUUACCCCAGAACCCCCUGAGAAACUAAUCCCAAGUUCACACUGCGGACUGUGCUCACGUCACAUACCAAAGGCAGAGUGAGGCAAAGUGAGAUCCAGUAAGGGUAGAGCAUGGUAAAGUGAAGUAGAGUAAUGAGUUUGAUACAGUGAGGUAGAGGUCCACAGUUAGUGCUUACAUUAAACUACUUCUUAUUCUGGGAAAAAUUAGUGCAGAAAAACCAAGUGCUAAAAAACUUAAUUUAGAAGAUUUAGAAGAUAAAACUAAUUUAGAUUUUACAUCCAUAUCAGGAUAUCCAACACACUUAUUGCAUAUCACAUAUUUUGUCCACAUCGUGCACCCACCAUGGACAGAACAAAACCUUGUAUCAGCCAGUCUAUCUUUUUUGUCCCGUCUAAAAGUGCAGGGCAUUUUUCCACAUAGUGAAUUAUGACUGAAUCUGAAUGUGAGAGAAUUAUUUAAAAAUGAAGAAAAAUAAAUUUUUAAAGAGCGACUGGACCAAAA